AUGUCUGCAUGCAACGUCGUCCUCGUCAUCAAGUACCAGUACCAAUUCGCUAGCAUUACCCUCGCCCUCGCCGCUCGGAAGAACCUGAUCAUCGACACGGAUCUCUUCAGCGGCGGUGGCAGCAGCGGUGGCGGUGGUGGUAGCUGGAACUUUGCCGGCUCGGACCCGGCGCGGGCCGCGCACGUGGUCAACGCCGGCGCCGGCUGGCCGCCGCGCGUCCGCGUCGUAUUCCUCGGCGACGACGUCGGCGGGCGCGUUGCUCACCGGCGGGCCGCUCAUGGAUGCGACGACGAGAAUAACGACGACGACAACGACGACCCCUGUACGGGACCCGGCGGCCGUCGUGGGAUCCGCUGGCGGUGGCGUAAUUACGCAAUCCGGGGGCUGGGGGGUGAGGAGGACGAGGAGGAAGGCGGGGAUGGGCUGUUCGAGUUCGGCAACGCGUGGGGGCGCAACUGGGUGUUGGAUUGCCGGGACGGGACGAACCGAUGGGUCUGGGACGAAGAGGUGAGGAACCAGUUCUUCCUACGGUUGAAAGUGCCGGACGAGAGGGCGGCCGAGGUGGUAGAUGACCUGUUUUUAAGGAGUGCGUUCGGGCCCGAGGCGGCAGCUGGACGCGGCAAGGUUAAUGAAGAGCGGGAGCAAAAGCUGGGGCGGGAAACUGGAGCUUGCAGUUCUCGUGGGCAUGAUGAAGGGGGGCUGUAG